AUGGCAGCGCAAGAAGAGUUCAUCAGGACGCAGAUUUUCGGAACCGUCUUCGAGAUUACCAACCGGUACACGGAACUCAACCCGGUUGGUAUGGGCGCGUUCGGGCUCGUAUGUUCGGCUACGGACACCUACACGAACCAGCCGGUGGCGAUCAAGAAAAUCAUGAAACCAUUUUCUACCGCAGUGCUCGCGAAACGCACCUAUCGGGAGCUCAAGUUGCUCAAGCAUCUGCGGCACGAAAACCUCAUCUGUCUCGAAGAUAUCUUUUUGUCCCCGCUCGAAGACAUCUAUUUUGUGACGGAGCUCCAGGGCACGGAUUUGCACCGGCUGUUACAGACGCGGCCGCUCGAAAAGCAGUUCGUGCAGUAUUUCCUGUAUCAGAUCCUCAGAGGGCUCAAAUACGUGCAUUCUGCAGGCGUUAUCCAUCGGGACCUCAAGCCCAGCAACAUCCUUAUUAACGAGAACUGCGAUCUCAAAAUCUGCGAUUUUGGUCUUGCCAGAAUCCAGGACCCGCAGAUGACCGGCUACGUGUCCACCCGGUACUAUCGCGCGCCCGAGAUCAUGCUCACAUGGCAGAAGUACAACGUCGAAGUCGACAUUUGGUCUGCGGGCUGCAUUUUUGCCGAAAUGAUCGAGGGCAAGCCAUUGUUCCCGGGCAAGGAUCACGUUCACCAAUUCUCGAUCAUAACCGAUCUGCUUGGGUCGCCGCCAGAAGACGUUAUCAACACCAUUUGUUCCGAAAACACUCUGAAAUUCGUCACUUCUUUGCCACACCGGGAUCCUGUGCCUUUUUCGGAAAGAUUUAAAAAUGUCGAACCCGACGCAGUCGAUUUGCUUGGUAAAAUGUUGGUGUUCGACCCCAAAAAGCGUAUCACCGCGGCCGAUGCCCUCGCGCACCCUUAUCUGGCGCCUUACCACGAUCCCACGGACGAGCCAGCCGCUGACGCGAAAUUCGACUGGCAUUUCAACGACGCAGAUCUGCCUGUCGACACAUGGAGAGUCAUGAUGUACUCUGAGAUAUUGGAUUUCCACCAAAUAGGCAACAGCCAGAUAGACCCUAACGCUACUUUUGAUGACCAAGUCGCUGCGGCGACUGCGGCUGCCCAGGCCGCUCAAGCAGCCCAGCAACCGCCAAACAGGAACGGUGUGCGCGCCAAUUCCGGCCAAAAUGCCACGCUUAACACAUAUGCCAAUCAAGCGGCUCAAUACGCAACGGAGUUUCAAUGA